UCUUUUGGCUCUACGCGGCUUCCGUACGCAGCGUGGAUUUCAAUGACAUUUUGAGCUUUCAUAAGACACUGCACUUGUACAGACUGAAAGAUGUCGUUAACCCUUUUAUUUAAAACAAUAACAAGAGAUGUUGCAAAGGUCGGUUUCUGCCACCAUGUGCAGUCUUUACACACUGGUUGUCAGCUCCUGGCUGCUGAGAAAGCCCUCCUGAUGAAACUGCGCAAAUCAACCGGCUAUACCUUCAUAAACUGCAAAAAAGCACUGGAGAAGUUUGAUAAUGAUAUAAAACAGGCAGAGACAUGGCUGCAUGAGCAGGCCCAGAAAGAGGGCUGGAGCAAAGCAAACAAACUGGAGGGUCGUAAAGCCAAAGAGGGUCUUAUUGGGCUCUUCAUAGGAGAAAAGGCUGCAGUUAUGGUGGAGGUUAACUGUGAGACAGACUUUGUUGCCCGUAAUGAGAAGUUCCAACAGCUGGUGAAGGAUGUGGCGUUUGCUACCAUGGCUCAUCACCAGAAUAAAACCCAAAGUAAACAGGGAUACGUGAAGAGUGCUCUGUCGGGUGAAGAGGUUUGCAAACUCAGUGUGGAUGAAGGAGCUUCACUUGCUGACCGUGUGGCUCUAACAAUAGGUCGUCUUGGUGAGAACAUGUCGAUAAAGAGGGCAGUGACCCUGAGUGUCCCAGCUGAGUGGGGCGUCGGCUCAUACGUACAUGGUGGUGUGAGCGGCCAGACUGAAGUGGCCAUGGGUCGAUAUGGUGCUCUGGUUGUAUUUCAGGGAGGAAAUGAGGGAGAGCAGAAUACUCUAGGGCGUAAGCUGGGACAGCAUGUAGUUGGAGAAGCUCCUGAGUCCUUGGGAAACAUGGACGACCUCCCCUGUGGGGAAAGUGAGACCCGGCUGCUGCCUCAGACCUUCCUGGGAGACCCCAGCAGGACUGUGGCACAGUUCCUCACGGGGCAACAAGCUCGAGUGCUGGACUUUGUCCGAUUUCAGUGUGGUGAGAUGACUAGUGAAGACUCAAAAUGAAAGGACAAAUUAUUCAUUUAGAGGGAUUUAUCACAAAUUUCUAUUUCAGAUGAAGUGCAACUAACUAAUUAUUCUUGGACAUUCAGUACAACAAUUACAUGAAUUUAAAGCAGAAUAUGUAGGCAUGCCCACACUGAUGCCUGAUGAAAUAAUGAAUCCAACAAUAAAAUAUUUCCUUUUUUUUAAA